AUUGGUCAAUAGCUUACUGCUUACGUUUUACAGUAUACUCUUGCGGCUAUUUGCAGGCGAUUUGCGUCUCCUCGCUCGCCGAGAGUGAAUUUCGCGUCGAAGCAACGUAUCUGUCGUCGUUGCGUACAGUGAAUUUUUGAAAAUUUCCGUUUCACCCGCAAGUGAAUUCGGGAGUCGCGCGCGAUCGUUGAUAGGCCCGCGAAGCGCCGCUCGCAGCGUGAACGCUUGAUGAACGCAUCUUCCCUCCCCCCUUUCCUUUCACUUUAAUUUUUAACGGCUGUAUUCAGUCCGAUGACGUAGCGCGCGGGGAGACGGCGGAUCGCGACCGCUCCGUGUUUCUCGCGUCGUUUUAUCCGCCGGAUGUGAGUUUCGCGUGCGAACAAGUGCCGAAAGUGUCGAAUCGAGCGACGGGCGAUCGUUUCGAGUGCACUGAUGGUCCGGGCGAUCGCGAUUAAUGCGUCUUGCGACGAUCGGACGAGACGAGGCAACGCAGUCUACCUAUUCGAUCAUUGCAAAUGGCGGACCUGCAGGACUUGAGAGUUGAGGCAUUCUGGCUGGACUGGCAGGACGAUACGCAAAGGAAGAAAGUCAUCGGGGGAUUGGGAAUCGCUUUGGUUCGCGGUAGAGCUGUCGAAGGUGUGUCGGAGCUGGCGAAAAACCCGUAACAUACACGUCAGUGAAACUCCGCGGACUGCCGCGAAUUUAUGAACUUCACCAAGAUGGCGUCCCUCCGCCACCGGGGGCGAGUUUGUUUACGCCUCAUGACUCCCCACGUGGGAAAGGCAGCAUGGCGCGCGUCACGGCCUCAAACGCACAAAUCGCCUCGGCCUGAACCGCGCCGCGCCGGGCUUCGCCGCCGCUCUGCCCAUCUGUCGGGAGAUUCAACGAAAUGGCGUGCUGCACGCCUUCGGCCCGUCUUCGACCUUACUCAACGGAGAGACUGUGCGAGGUACUGAAUGAAAAAAGGAACCAACCGGAUCGGGAAGGCCUGUCGACAGAUCUAUAGGAUUACAAGUACGCUCGCGCGCACGGGGGAGGUCAGAAAAGGAGGCGGGGUCCCCGACUAUGUCGCUCCACGAGGGAGGUGCACGAGGGGGGGAGGACGUCGCUGUAGCCGUGAUGGUUCUGAUUGCAGCCGCGCGGGGCGCUGUUGCACAACGAACUACGGUACUACGGCGACGCGGAGCCACACCUAGGAGUUUCUCGAGAUUUUCACGAGGAAAACCGUGUAGCAGACUCCUGCUGGUCGAGCGCAGUUUCAUCUGAGCUCGACCGAUGGAGGGCUAUGAAGAAGACGAUGACACCCAUUUCUGCAUCAAGUGUAACUUGACAAUCCACGGGCUCGACAAUUAUGUGCGGCAUCGUCGAUCGGGCUGCCGAUCGCCCAACGUUAAAAUCGAGAUUGUUCACGAUCCACCGUCGACGCCGACGACCGUGUCCUAUCCCGAGAUUCUUAACGCGGACGCUUUCUUCAGUUCGCUGGAAUUACAGAGCAACACUCGGCGAGCGCCGACUUUACUGGAUAACAGUCGGAAAUUCAAGAAAGAUGACAAGAGAAAGAAGGACCAGAAAGGUCAGGUGGAUGGUGACGAGCCCGGCUCGAAGGAUAAGCUUCACAGCAUGUUACCCGCCGUCAGCGAUCUGGACGAACCGCCGGAUCUGUGCAUCCAGUCUCUCAAGCAGACCACACUCGAACGAAAGAGGCACGAGAAUCAGCAGAGUUGGUUGGACGAUAGUAUUCUCGCCGACCUUGCUUUGGGGAAUAGCGCGAACAAGGAGCUGGCGAGAUAUGGAGUCGACUUCGAGGAGUACGAUGACUCCGAGGACGACGUACUGGAGGAGGAAUUGGAGGAGGAUUCCUAUUCAGACUCGGAUGACGGCGAAAAUCGGGAGCGUCCACCGCGAGAUCACACCGGUGGAAAGUGGAAGCCCGGACUUGACGAUUUGCCACAGCCACAGGACAUGCCGCAUAUGCAUGAGGAGGACGACGAUCAUCAGGAACAUCCCCCACCGACAUAUACCGGCGGCAAAUGGCGACCCACGGAGACAUCGCAAAAGGUCGAGGAAUACGAAAGCAAGAACACAUCCGGACAACCGCCGCCAGGACACACGCGAGGGAAAUGGGUACCGGGUGCGCGAACGGAUAUCGAGUCGGGAUAUUGGUGCAAUCCUUGCGGCAGGAAGCUCGCCUCACGAUUGGUCUACAACAGGCAUCUGCUCUCUGAUUUGCACGCCAGGAGGAGCAUUAAGGAGCUCGACGGCGGUCUCCAUCUACGACGCGGAAUAAAUUCGCACGCGAGAGUAUCCAGAAGAGUGUCCACUCGUAGGCAGACUUCGCUUACAACGAGGACGAAAGAAGAGCCCGAGCAAAAGAAAGUUAAGAAAGGUCUGCGUCGAAGAGAGAAGGAGAUUCUUCUCUGCGAGAUGUGCCGCACGCGCGUGAGGAGGCCUCAAAUGGGUAAACAUUUGCUCUCCCAUUACCAUUGCCGUGUGUCAGGUGUCCUUGUGAAUCCUCGCAAUCCGAGUGUACGCCGUUUCCUUCUGGAGCACAUAGCGAACGUGGUACGACAGAGCCCCUUCCAAUGCGCUCCUUGUCGUUUUUACUGCAACACCGAGGAAACGUUCCUGCUUCAUUGGCGUUCUGAUCUUCACUCCAAGACCGUCGAACAGAUCGGCGGUAGUUGCCGAUGCACUCCGUGCAAUUUCUGGUGCGAAGACAAUGCGACAAUGGAGUCUCACCUCCUGAGUACGAGUCAUCGUGACGUAGUAUCGAUGAUGAAGGGCUCCGUGCCGGUGGUAAUUAGUCGUCAGCGUACGUUAGCCUGCAGCAGUUGCGAUCGGCAAUUCCGAUACAACUUCCAGUUGCGGUUGCACGCCAAAGAGACCGGUCACACCGCGAGUUACACUGCGUCGGACGUGUAUCAGCAACGUAUCAAAUGCGAUCUAUGCCCCCAAGUCGUCCGGUCCCUAGUCGCGCUUCAACGUCACCAGCUGACCAGUCAUGUCGCCAAAGACAAAGCAAAGGGCGAGGUCGUGGCGGACGCACAACCGGCGCCGUACUUCUGCUCCUUCUGCUCGUUGAACUUCCCCACCGCCCAAGAAGCGGUUCUGCACCGACGAACUUCUAGUCACAAGGAAGCUGUAAAAGCACGCAAGAGUGAGGAAGGUCUGUUGGAGACAGUGCGGGAGUGCCCUCACUGCGACCGGAAGCAGCCGAAUCUCGCAGCGCAUAAGAAUCAUCUCCUUCUUUGCCAUCCGGAAAUUUGCCACAGAUGUCCUCGAUGCGGCCUGCUUUUCGCCCUGUCACAAGACGUCACUAGGCACACGCGAGAGGGUAAUUGUCUCAAGAACGAUAAAUCGAACGCGGCUGAGGCAGAAAGCGUGAAGGAAUGGAAAUGCAAGGAUUGCAUCUUCUCGACGGAUUCCAAAGCCGAAUUUAUUUUUCACGAGGCCCUGCACGCCGGUGCUGUUCAAGAAACGGACAAAGGAGCGUCCAGUUCGAGCAAGUUGUUGCCGAAAUAUAAGUGCCCGACUUGUGCGAAAGCUUUCCCGAAAACAUCGCUACGGAAUCACAUCAGGCAGCAUACCGGAGAGAAGCCCUUCCCCUGCGUGAAGUGUUCGAUCUCGUUCUCCAGGAGAUCGCAUCUCAUCAUUCACCAGAGGAUAUGCAGCACUUCGUCGAAAUCUCUGGACAAGACUGGUCGUCGGCGGAGCUUCGUCUGUUCGCAUUGCAAAGAAGGCUUCUACACAAAGCAUGCCCUUCGACAACACAUGCUGCGACACGCCGGUAAGCAGUACAAAUGCGGCCUUCCGGGUUGUCCAACGAUUCUUCGCACCGCAACCGAGCUGAAGACGCAUCGAAGGUUGGUCCAUGACAACAUUGAGAAACAGUAUUCCUGUUCUGAUUGCUCCUACGCUGCUAAAACGAAGACGCAGUUGCGCAGACAUAGGAUACGGCACGAGGAUUCCGCGAGCACUGAGAAGGUUCAGAUCCAUUCGUGCACUUACAAGGGCUGCAAUUUUAAAACGAAACUCGGCUCGAAUUUGCGGAGACAUGUGAGACUGCAUACAGGCGCCAAACCGUACAAGUGUCGACAUUGUCCUUAUGCCAGUAACACUCUGGAAAAUCUCCGGAAGCACAUACUAUCGACGAAUCUGCAUCCGGGUAAGACGAUCUACGAGUGUGACUUUUGCAAGAAGAAGAAAGGAAAAGAAACGGAUCCGUUCUGCACGAAUUUUGCCAAGGAACUUCGUGCUCAUCUGCUGGAAGCUCACGCUGAAGACUUUCCCACGCCAAAUGAUGCGAACAAUUAUACGAAUAACAUUUUCAGACCAAAUUAGUCAAAAAAGUGAGAGAACUAAAUGUUCACUUAAUUUUUAUCAUUUUAUUAAAUUAGUGAUUUAUAUAUAUAACCAUGUACU